UGAUGCAUGUUCGACGAAUUUAAUAUUUAAAAGAAAAAGUUUUUUAAUUUUUCGAAUGCAUAAGUGUGUAUCAGUGGAUAUCAACUGUGAUAUGUAGAUUUGAUGAAAAAAAAUAAUUCAUUCGAGAAAAUGUUGAUCUGGAUUUUCGCUUUAACCUUUGCUUGCGGGAAUGGUCAGUUUUCGCAAGAUUCAACUGAAUCAACGCGCAUUCCUUGGAAUCGAUUCGACGAUAAAGAUCAAACUGGAUUCGGGUUACGAAAUUCUGGAAACCCAACAGACAGUAUUAUAAUAAAAGAGGCUACUUACUUUGUGGUCGCAUCUCGAAUGGUUAGACCAGGACAGAUUUAUCGAUUAGAUGUGAAUGUUUUAUAUAGUCCAUUACCAAUGGUGGUACGUGCAUCCAUUCAGAAAAAUAGAGUAGAGAUAGCAGCAGAUUUUCAAGAAGUAAAGGAAGGUAUACCAGAAACUUUAAUGUUGAGAUUACCAUCUACAUCUGUCGAUGGAGAAUAUAGAUUAAAAGUGGAAGGAACAUAUAACAGCUUAACUGGUGGUCAAGCGUUUUCAAAUGAAACCAAACUUACAUUUUCACAAAGAGCAAUGACCAUUUUUAUUCAAUUAGAUAAACCUGUAUACAUGCAAGGAGAAACUGUACGAUUCAGAACUAUACCAAUAAAUACUGAACUCAAAGCAUUCAAUAAUCCUAUAGAUGUUUAUAUGUUAGACCCUUAUAGAAGAAUAAUGAGAAGAUGGUUAAGCAGACAGAGUAAUUUAGGAACAGUAUCUUUAUCAUAUCAGCUUUCUGAUCAACCAGUUUUUGGAGAAUGGAUUAUACAAGUGAUAGCUCAAAGUCAAGUAGAAGAGAAAACUUUUUUAGUUGAAGAAUACUAUCAAACACGUUUUGAAGUUAAUGUUACAAUGCCUGCAUUCUUUUUUGAUAAUGAUCCAUACAUAUAUGGUGUAAUCCAAGCAAAUUAUACUAGUGGAGCACCAGUAAGAGGAAACUUAACUUUAAAAGCACAGUUUAAACCACUAGAUAGAACAUACACAGAAUCUACUUCUGAACCAGCAGAAAGAUACUUCUAUUUCGAUGAGUAUUAUCCUUCGUGGUUGAAAGUAUCAAAUUAUUUUGAAAAUAAGGUGCCUGUGUUGAGAUUUUUUAAUGGAACGUAUGAUUUCCGAUAUCCAAUGUCAGAAUUGUUAAAUUUUGUACCAAGUGCAAGUGGUGUAGAAGUCACUAUAACUGCAACAGUUGGUGAAAGAUUUCUAGAAGAAAUAAUUACAGGUUAUUCUACAGCUCGUAUUUUUAACUCUACUACAAAAGUACGAUUUUUAGGUGGAACACCACAAGUUUUCAAACCAACAAUGCCAUUUACUUUAAAUCUAGUUGCGUCAUUCCAUGAUAAUUCAGCAUUGAGACCAACACAAUUAAAAGGAGCUAUAAUGGAAAUUCGUGCGGAUAUAGAAAUGAAAACAGGUGGCCGCCGAACAUUAGAAACUCAGUAUUUAAAACAUUCGUCAGACAAUGAAGGUAUUUGGUCUACCAAAAUCGAUUUAAGAAAGCAACUUGGACUUGAGCAUAAUAUGGAUCAUGCACAACAGAUUCUUAACGACAUCUCUUCUAUGAAGGUUUUCGCUUACCUGACUAAUGGAGAAGGUUUUAAGACACAAGCUGAAUUAUUAUUAUUGGCUUACGAAUCGCCGAAUCAACAACAUAUAAAAAUCUCAACGUCCACAGAAAAACCUAAAGUUGGAGAAUAUAUGAUAUUUCAUAUUCAAACAAAUUUCUAUAUUGAUACUUUUAAUUAUCUCAUUAUGGCAAAAGGUAAUAUACUUUUAACUGGACAAGAUAAUAUGCAACACAAUAUAAAAACGUUUGCUGUUCCUCUAAGUGCAGAAAUGGCUCCUGUUGCAACUGCAGUUGUAUAUCAUGUUGGACAAUAUGGCAAUGUAGUAGUAGAUUCUCUAACUUUUUCAGUAAAUGGCAUUUCACGUAACAAUUUCACUGUAUUCAUUAAUAAUAAAAAAGCCAGGACAGGUGAAAAUGUUGAAAUAGCUAUUUAUGGAGAACCAGGUGCAUAUGUUGCUCUUUCAGGUAUAGAUAGGUCUUUCUUUACAAUGCAAGCAGGAAAUGAAUUAACAUAUGCCAAUGUCAUAUCAAAAAUGGCUCAUUUCGAUGAAGAUACAAAUGGAACUCACUCUCAUACUUGGUUGUUCCAUGAAGGUGAUCCAGAUGAAGUUGUUUAUUUUCCAUCUUCAACUUUUGGUAUAGACGCAAAUAGAACGUUUGAAUACAUUGGAUUAGUAGUCUUCACAGAUGCCUUUGUCUAUCGAAGACCUGACAAUUGUGAUAUAACUCAAGGAUAUGGUGAAUGUCUCUCUGGGAAGUGUUAUAGACUAGACAAGAAAUGUGAUGGAGUAUACGACUGCGAUGAUGGCACCGAUGAGACAGCCUGUGAAUAUAAAAAUGUUACCGACAUAGCAUUGUUCAGAAAAUGGCGAUUUAACAGACUACAAAGACAAUACGAAAACGUUUGGUUAUGGAGGGAUAUCAAUAUAGGCCCUCAUGGUAGACAUAUUUUCAAUAUAAAUGUGCCAAGAAGACCAGUUCAUUGGAUGGUUACAGCAUUUAGUAUGUCUCCCAGCAUGGGUUUUGGUAUGUUGCCAAAAGCCAUUGGAUAUAUGGGAGGUUUGUCUUUCUAUAUUAAUGUGGAAAUGCCUAGUCACAGUAAGCAAGGAGAGCAAGUCGGUAUCCGCGUCUCUGUUUUUAAUUAUUUGCGUCAAAAUAUAGAAGCUGUAGUAAUUUUAGCUGGUUCCAAAGACUAUAAAUUUGUUCAUGUUGAAGAUAACGGUAUUGUACAAUCAUAUAAACCACGUACGUCUUUUGGUGAACACCAGUUUUUUAUUUGGAUCCCUGCUCAGGAUGCUGCUAUUGUAUAUCUACCUAUUGUACCAGUAAGACUUGGAGAUAUUAAAGUACAUAUUUAUGCCACUACUGUAAUUGGAAGAGAUUCAGUUACUCGUAAUUUACACGUGGAAGCUGAUGGUCUUCCUCAGCAUAGGCAUCAGUCUAUACUACUUGACCUUAGUAAUCGUGCGUACGUAUUUCAAUAUAUGCACGUUAACAUCACAGAGACACCUAUUAUACCUUAUGAUGAAAAACGUUACUAUGUAUUCGGGUCAAACAAAGCAGUAAUAAGUUUGGUUGGAGAUGUUGUUGGUCCUAUUUUUCCAACAAUGCCCGUUAACGCCACAAGUCUUAUGGAUCUGCCUAUGGACUGUGCAGAGCAAAAUAUGUUUAGUUUUGCUGCCAAUUUGUACACAACAUUGUAUAUGCGUUUGAUUAAUCAACGUAACAGGACACAAGAAAAGGAAAGUUUCUAUUACAUGAAUAUUGGUUAUCAGAGACAACUUUCGUUUAUGAAUCCCGAUGGAUCGUUCAGCUUAUUCCGCAGCGAUUGGAAUCAGUCUACUUCGAGCGUUUGGCUAACAGCAUACUGCGCUCGUGUUUUACAAGAAGCACGGUUUUAUGAAUGGGAGAACUAUCUUUAUAUCGAUCCCGAAGUAAUAGCUCAGGCUGUAUCUUGGUUACUAAAAUAUCAAACACCUGAAGGAUCAUUUUAUGAAAUUGCAUGGUUACCUGAUCGUAAAAUGAACAGUUCUCUAAAUUAUGAUAAUGAUAUAAUAGCACAUAGAAAUAUUAGUCUUACAGCUCACGUUUUAAUCACAUUGCAAAGUGUAAAGGAUUUGCCUGAGGGUUUAGGAACUCAAGUUGCUGUAAGUGCAAUUAGUGCAGUCAAAUGGUUGGAAAGAAAUCUAAAGUUAUUGGAGGACCGUGGAAAACCUUACGAAAUAGCGAUAGUAUCGUAUGCUCUGUUAUUGGCAAAAGCUUCUACAGCUGGACAAGCCUUUAAUAUAUUAACUAGACAUGCCCGUAGAGAAGGGGGAUUAACUUAUUGGGGCAGAGAACAAGUACCUCUUCCUCCUUAUAAGCUAGAGAAUCAAAAACCAUUUCUCCUUCCACGUUUACCGUACAUGUACGACUCAGAAAAUAUCGAAACCACUGCAUAUGCUCUUUUAGUGCACGUUGCUCGACAAGAAAUAAUGAUAGAGCCUAUAGUAAAGUGGUUGAACGCUCAGAGAUUAACAGACGGUGGUUGGGCUUCCACGCAAGAUACUGCAUGGGCGAUGAAAGCGUUAAUGGAUUAUACAGUCAGAUCAAGAAUUCGAGAUGUUAGUUCAUUGACUGUUACUGUGGAAGCCACAGCUCUUCCAGGACAGACUAAAACAUUAUUUGUCAAUGAUAAUAAUCUUGCAAAGCUUCAAACAAUAGAGAUACCAGAAGCAUGGGGAACAGUGAGAGUUCAAGCAAAAGGUGCUGGAUAUGCAAUUCUGCAAAUGUCAGUGCAAUAUAAUGUAGAUAUUGCAAAAUUCCAAACACAACCACCAGUUAGGUCUUUCGAUCUGGUUACCAGAGCAAAUUUCCAUGGUAGAAAUCAAUCUCAUAUUUCGUAUCUUAGUUGUCAGAGGUGGAUAAAUACAAAUGAAUCUUCGCGUUCUGGAAUGGCGGUGUUAGAUGUAGCUAUUCCUACAGGUUAUAUAAUUCAACAACAGACAUUGGAUAGAUACAUCCGAUCGAGACAGGUAAGGAAUCUUCAGAGAGCGCGAUUUCAGGAAAGAAAAGUACUCUUUUAUUUUGAUUACUUGGAUGAAGAAGAAACGUGUGUGAAUUUCACGAUAGAGAGAUGGUUCCCAAUUGCAAAUAUGUCACGAUAUCUUCCUAUUAGAGUUUACGAUUAUUAUUCUCCAGAGCGUUUCAACGAAACUAUAUUUGAUGCUCUACCUACUUACACGCUAAAUAUUUGUGAAGUUUGCGGUAGUUCUCAAUGUCCUUACUGUCCGAUUUAUAACACUGCCACGAUGUUGGUUACACCAACAGGUUUUUUGGUUGUAAUAUCUAUCCUGGUUGUCAUGAUGAGAUAUUUUCGAACUCGAGAGUUUAGCGUGGGUUAAUUUUAAUACUUAACAUAU